UACCUUAGGCACUAGUUCCAGUGAAGGCACGUCAUGAACGCUUGGGGCAAUAUAUGUCGCUCGUUAAACCUGAUAGUUUCGUUCGUCUUGUUUUACACUACAUAUUUCCAGACUGACCGAGAGAACGGAUUCAUGUGGACAAUGGUAUUCUUGAUGCCUGCCCUCCUCACCUUCAUUGUGUCCGCCCGUCCGCAAAUUAUGGAGAUAGUGGAGUUGCACGCAGUGUGGUCAGUCAGCUUUGGGUUCCUGUUGUGUCUGCUCGUGUACCUCGUGGGGGUAGCGUUGAGGGCCGCUGCUCGAGGCCCUCCUUUCCUUGAAGCAGACUCAUCCAUCCUGCCUGUUCUCCCCAUUCACCGAGAGUCUUGGGACGUGAUCUCCGUGUCUCUGAUGCUGAUGUGGCUGAAGUUUCUUAGUAAGGCGACCAAAGAAAACCUCAGGGAGGCAGGGACGACCACGCCACAGGUAUCUGCAUUGAGGAUGCUGAAGAUGACCCUUUUGUUUACUGUGUUCAUGGGAUGUAUGGUGACCGUGUACUUCGCAAGCUACUCAUACUCACCUACCUUCUAGGAUAAUUUUAUCAACCCACCUAUAUGCCAGCGAUACCACACUUGUUGCCCCACACACAUAAACACAUUAUCCACACCUUUACGCCUGUAUGCAAUGUAUAGGAACAUAAAAUAGCGUUCCAGUUAAAGAAAUGUUAUCAAGGUAAAAUUCACAUUACCAAAUAAAACAGUAUAAUACUAUCUU